UGUACAGUACUUGGUUAUAGAAUAAAGAGAUUUGGCAGGUCGAGGACAGUGCUGAUUUUUAACAGGAGAAAUUCCCGGCGAAUGCAUAGUCACCAUUUUACGGAAUAUGAAAAUACAUGGAGUCAUUUGAGAGCCAUGCGUUUUCUCUCACAGUUGACAGGCAGGUAUUUUCCUACAGCCAGGCGUCGCACUGAGAAAGCAACAUUUCAUUUGGCACCGCCACUGGCUGGUGAUUUCGCAUGAAUGCUAGCUAACUAAUGUACAACACGCAUGUUUAUAGAAGCAACUGGAACAGUCAGCGUCAGAGGUUUUUUUAAAAUCUUGCUCAUUGACGUUACCUGCCUCACGGGGAGUAACUUACAGACACGUCUCUCCAUAAGCCAGAACAUCCAGAGAAAAACUCUGAAGUGACUGUUAUGUGUUAGCUGACAUUUCCUAAAGAAAACGCAGGGACUUGACACCGCACGUUUCUUCUUUUUUUUCUUUGAAGUGUGGCGCACCCUUUACCCUGCAUUUUGGCUUGUAGGCAGGUAAAAUAAACUUCAAGUGUGGACUGUGAGGCGGAGAAAAUGAUGUGGACCAGCUGUUCUGACCGAGGGCCGACCUAGGAAUGUCACAACUCCCCAGCUGUGUGGACGGAGCACAGUGCUGGCUGCCCUAACACCUGACAGCUCCUGCUCACCGUGAGACAUUGAGCCAGCGUUUCUACACACCAUUCAUCCGCUGUGACGACUUAAGGGCUUGGUGUCCACCCGUCUGUCUCCAGUAGUGUAUUAUGACCCGUCUGUCUGUGAGAGGCUGUCUGUCAGCACUGAAUCAGACAUGACAGGGCAUGUCUUUCUGGUCAGUAUUUCUUGGUCUGCCAGCUCUUCAGCUAAAGGAUUUGUUUUUGAAGUGGACCCAGACAGAAGUAAUACACAACCUCUGGUGCAGAAACCAGGGGCUCCCCAGUGUUCUCAUCUUGAGUUACUGUACACAGUAGAUAAAAGUUGAUGAGGCAUUACUACAGGAGACCUUAUCUGAGCUUCUUGUGGAUUACUGUUGAUACUGUCAUCUGGGACAGAGACACCUGUGACCAGGAUCAGUGAUGAAAUAUUUUUAAAUCUAGUCAGUGGAAUUAAUUGUUUCCUCAUUUUGUUGGAACCCCCCACCCCCCCAGGAUAACCCUCAGGGCCUGGUGGUUCCUGGACUCCACUUUGAGAGCCACUGGUUUAAGUUCUCUUGUCAGAGCUCUUGGAGUAGAGUGAAGUUUAUCAAAACCCUUCCUGUUUUCUGUAAUCCCUCUGAGAAAGAACUUUUUAACCAUGCACAGAAGACUGAACGGGAAGCCCUAGCAAGAGUCAAGUUUAAACUGAGUCAGCCAUGCCUGUCAGAAAAAAAGACACAGCUCGAGCCUUGGGGCUUUUGGAGGAGUACUGCACUAAACUGAGGAAGCCAGAGGAGCAGCAGCUCAAAACUGCCAUUCAGAGAGUAAUGGGGAUUUUCAAAAGCAACCUCUUUAAAGCUCUUCUUGAUAUCCAGGAGUUCUAUGAAGUGACGCUACUAAACACACAGAAGAGCUGUGAGCAAAAGCUGGAGGAGGUCAACCACAUGGCGGACAAGUGGGAGAAGAGUGUUUCUAUACAAAAUGCUGAGUUUGCCUGUCCAGUGGAGGAGAGGGAGCAGAGCAGCUUAGAACCCUGUGGGCUGGAGCAGAGAGAGAGCGGUGCCAAGACCUCUGAGAACAGGCCACCAGCAGUACAGGGGUCACCCCUCAACGGCCAGCCCCCACCCUGCAUGAACCCUGCCUUGAUGAACGCUCCCUGGUACCACUACCAAGAAGACGACUCACCACCUCUUGACCAGGGAUUCCCGCGGCUCACCAACGAGGUGCGCGCCCCUGAGCUUGUGCACGUGUCCGAGAAGAACCUGUCUGAGAUCGAGAAUGUGCACGGCUAUGUGUCCCAUUCCCACAUCUCUCCUCUCAAGCCUGCACUGGUUACCCGUUUUGAUCUUGCAUACCCCGGUGUGACCACAGCAAACUACAUGGCCAGCCCAGCCCCGAUAAUCGUCAACACAGACACUUUGGAUUCCGUUCCUUAUGUCAAUGGCACAGAAAUUGAAUAUGAGUUUGAGGAAAUCACUCUAGAGCGGGGUAACUCAGGCUUGGGCUUUAGCAUUGCCGGAGGCACAGAUAAUCCACAUAUCGGUGACGACCCCGGCAUCUUCAUCACCAAGAUCAUCCCUGGAGGAGCUGCAGCAGAGGAUGGACGCCUGAGAGUAAACGACUGCAUCCUGCGGGUGAAUGAUGCAGAUGUGUCAGAGGUCUCUCACAGUAAGGCCGUAGAAGCCCUGAAGGUUGCCGGUUCCAUUGUCCGGCUGUAUGUGCGGCGCCGCAGGCCAAUGCUGGAGACCAUCAUUGAGAUCAAACUCAUCAAAGGACCAAAAGGGCUUGGCUUCAGUAUUGCAGGUGGAGUUGGAAACCAGCACAUCCCUGGAGACAAUAGCAUAUACGUCACCAAGAUCAUUGAUGGCGGGGCAGCACAGAAAGAUUGCCGGUUACAAGUUGGAGACAGGUUGUUAAUGGUGAAUAACUACAGUCUGGAGGAAGUGUCUCAUGAAGAAGCUGUGGCUAUUUUGAAGAACACGUCAGAUGUGGUCUACUUAAAGGUGGGAAAGCCCACCAAUGUCUACUUGUCAGAUCCCUAUGGGCCUCCUGAUAUCACACACUCUUUUUCUCCAGCCAUGGAAAAUCAUAUCUCUUCCCCCAUCAACAGUGGCACUUUGGAGUACAAGUCUGGUGUCCUCCCCAUCUCCCCUGGAAGUUAUUCCCCACUCCCUAAGCACUUACUGGGGGAAGAGGAUAUAAACAGGUUGGAUGGUUUUUCCUUCUUACGAAAUCCCUCGCUAGAUGACGGGGAGAGUCACAGGUUUGAUUCCCAGCACUUCCAGUUGAGGCCUCCUGAGCCAGUUUACAGCACUGUGAACAAACUAUGUGACAAAGCACCCUCCCCCCGACACUAUUCCCCAGUGGAGUGCGACAAAAGUCUCCUCCACUCCGCCCCCCUCCCAAACUAUCACUUAGGCCUGUACCCUGACACGGACUUCACCAGGGAACCCAGGAAGGUUGUGCUCCACAAAGGCUCCACAGGCCUGGGCUUCAACAUCGUGGGUGGUGAAGAUGGCGAGGGCAUCUUUGUCUCCUUCAUCCUGGCAGGAGGGCCUGCUGACCUGAGUGGAGAGCUGAGGAGAGGCGACCAGAUCUUAUCGGUAAAUGGCAUUGACCUACGAGGAGCCACACAUGAACAAGCAGCAGCAGCGCUGAAAGGAGCUGGACAGGUGGUCACCAUCAUUGCCCAGUACAGACCAGAAGAACUUGCUCUAUGCUCACCACAACGGGCCCAUUCUCCUGCACCAGAGUAUGGGCGUUUUGAGGCCAAAAUCCAUGACCUGAGGGAACAGAUGAUGAACCACAGUAUGAGCUCUGGGUCAGGAUCCCUGCGAACCAAUCAAAAGAGAUCGCUCUAUGUGAGGGCACAGUUUGACUACGAGAAGUCUAAGGACAGCGGCCUCCCAAGCCAAGGCCUCAGCUUCAGGUAUGGGGACAUCCUCCACGUCAUCAACGCCUCAGAUGAUGAGUGGUGGCAAGCCCGCCGUGUCACCCCACAUGGGGACAGUGAGGAAAUGGGUGUCAUCCCCAGCAAGAGACGGGUGGAAAGGAAAGAGCGGGCGCGUCUAAAGACUGUGAAAUUCAAUGCCAAGCCAGGGUCAUUUGAUUCAAAAGGGUCAUUCAAUGACAAACGUAAAAAGAAUUUCAUCUUUACACGAAAGUUCCCAUUCUACAAGAACAAAGAGGGUGAGCAGGAUGGCAGUGAUUCAGACCGGAGUCAAGAAGACAUGAUUCUCUCAUAUGAACCUGUGAUGCGGCAAGAAAUCAGUUAUGCCAGACCCGUCAUAAUCCUUGGACCGAUGAAGGACAGAAUCAAUGAUGAUCUGAUAUCAGAGUUCCCCGAAAAGUUUGGGUCUUGUGUGCCGCAUACCACUCGGCCGAAGAGGGACUACGAGGUGGACGGGCGAGACUACCACUUUGUGAUGUCCAGAGAGCAGAUGGAGAAGGACAUCCAAGAGCACAAGUUCAUUGAGGCGGGACAGUACAAUGAGAAUCUGUAUGGAACAAGUGUCCAGUCUGUGAAAUACGUGGCUGAAAGGGGUAAACACUGCAUCCUGGAUGUGUCAGGAAAUGCCAUCAAACGACUACAAGUAGCACAACUCUAUCCCAUAGCCAUCUUCAUAAAACCCAAGUCUGUUGAUUCAUUAAUGGACAUGAAUAAGAGACUGACAGAGGAACAAGCCAGGAAGACGUUUGACAGGGCUAUGAAGCUGGAGCAGGAGUUUGGUGAAUUCUUCACAGCCCUGGUUCAAGGAGACACCUUAGAAGACAUUUAUAACCACUGCAAACAGGUCAUAGAGGAACAUUCAGGACCCUAUAUCUGGAUCCCCUCAAAGGAGAAACUAUAAUAACUCAUCACCCUGGAAGGGAAUCUGGACUGCUAGAAACUAGUAAUAAGUUUUAACAUAUGAUAACUGUAUGGCGCUGAAUAGUUUUCAUAAAUACUUAUUGUAACUUUUGUUUUUGUCUUUUUUGUUUUUUCUCUUUUGUUUGGUUAUUGCUUCAUUUUUCACUCAACAUGAAUGUUCCUGAAUGUAAACCACAGUGUUAGGAAAUUCUAGGUCUUGAAAUAUGAACCGUUUGUAUAUUUGUUUAUUUUGAUUUGAACAACAAUGAAAAGAAAUGUAAUGAAAACAAAAUAAAUCUGGGGUAUGUGUCCACAGCAGGAAACUGGAGGUGGCAUAUACAGUGCAGAUUUCUUUGCUUUGCUAACAUAGGAAGGAAAGUUCCUCACCCUCCCUCGUACUGCAACACCUAGCAAAUAAUCUAUGAUGUUUAAUGUUUUGUCUGAUUUUGAAUCUGUGCAUCCCCUGAACACAGCUUUGCUUUGCGUUUGUUUAUAUUGUCAUUUUUUCCUUGAAUUUCUAUAUUUAUUUCUCUGACAUGACAUGAGGAUGUGUGAGGAAAAUGUAAUAUUCAAUGUCAUGUUUUUUUAUUCAAAGGCAGACAUUACUCAUUCACUCACAUCUGUUGCUUUGACAAUGACAAGUUAAAGGAGAAAGCUGCUAUUGGCAACGAAGAUGUUAACACUAUAUUUUGCUACUUAAAUUGCUAAAGGGCGCAAAAGCACAUAAUUAUUUAUUAUUGAAAAUAUAAUUUGAUUUAAAGGUCAUUUACAGAGCACAUUUUAUUUGAGUUAUGAAGUAUGUCAAGACUGUGUGAGUAUGGAUGGGAAUAUUAUUAUGUUCACAGUAUUUUGUAGACUUGGAGUGGAGAGGGUGGUCAAAGUAGUGAUUAAAUUUGAUACUGAAACACAUUUCUGUUGUUUGAACCUAAUAGCAGGGCAAUGAUAAUAAUAAAAAAAAAAAUAAAGGACCAAUACUUUUUGAAGUAUAAAAAUAUUUAAUAGAAAAGCCAAAAAGUAAGAGGGGAGAACACAAAAGUAAAGUGAAUGCAUAAAUUGCACAAAAUGUAGUUAAGUAUCAGAUUAAUAUUAUGUACAUUAUAGAGUUAUUAAGGAUUUGGAAGUCUAAAAAGAUUGAUGAGUUUUUCAACUUUACUUUGAAGAGAAUAUUGAUGCAGAUGACGUAUUCUCUACAGGCAGGCUGUUCCAAAGACACACUUUGAUUUGUUAGGUAUGAAAAUGUAAAGAUGUAAAGGUACUGAUUAUGGACACAAAGUUCAGUAUUUGUAUCACUGGUGACCUCAGCCUAAAGCCCUAAUUGUGACCCUCAGGUGACCUAUCAGAACCUUAGUGAUUACAUCUCCUGCCUCUGGUUCAAACAGAAAGCUGUAUUAAUACAAUCAUGGUUGACCUUUUCCAAAUCGUGAGACAAUUACAAUCUUUCUUAUGAGAUGUUUCUGAGCUGGAGAAAUCAUAACUGAACAACCCUUUUAACUCGCUCUCAAGCCAGAUUAGGUUUAAAAACCUUUAAAAACAUGUUCAGCAGAACACCUGACAGGACACCAGGAACUAUCCUGAAUCAGCUACAGAGAGCCAAGCUUUCUUAUUACUGUUUGUUUUAGAAGUUGAUGAGUCCUGAUUGUCCUGAAGCUUAACUUACCCAGCACGAUACAAUAUAUCCACUAUAUAUAGUUUACUCACCAGUGGCUUGCCUUCUUUGAAAGGGCAUACAAUAUAGUACCUCGCUUUGUUAAAAAUAAAAAAAUAAAAAUCUGUUAUGUAUUUAAAGCACUUGGAAUGACUAAUGCAUCUGCCAGUGUGAUAACCUUCCGGUUCUGUUUAAUUACAACGCCAUUGGUCGUUCCCAUGAUAACAAUUUGUGAGUGAUAUAUAUAUUCUAGUAUUCCUGCUAUUUGAUUUAGACAGCAUGUUUCAACCAACCUGUUAUCAAGUAAAUAUAGUAGUUACAAUACAUGCAGGUAUGUUUCUAAUCAAUGGAGCAUUUCAAAAGUGCACUUACUCAUUGUUUUUGGUGACAAAAAUAGGCACGGUACUUUAACAGUAAUGGAUACAGUGUUUAAAGCGAAUAUAAAUCAAAUCCACUGAUUGUUGUGUAGGACGGCACAGUGAAAUCUGAGAAGACUGAACCCUGAUCUGUUUGUAUGGACCACAUACUGUACCUGGACUGACACACGCCAUUCCUGAAACCAGUGUGUACUUUGAAGAUGAGAGUUAUUAAUUUAUGUAGAUCAUAAAUUGGUUGACAUAUGUGGCUUAUAUGUGCAAAGCAACACUAGGAUUUCCUUUUAUUUUUGCAAUGUUUCAAGACAUCUGCCGUCAUUCUUUUGCAAAUUUUCCAUAACGUAUUGGUCACCACUUGCCUUAACAGAGUAGGUUUACUGUAUAUCAGAAAUGAAAGCAUAUAAAUGUAAUUUUCCUUUAAGAAUAGAACAUUUUAUUUCAUUCUCUUUCACAUCUAAACUUAAGUGAGAGAAGGCUGAAUCAAAUCUAAGGUAUAUGUCAUUAUGCUGAGGGUGUUGACACCUUGUACUGGAAAAGUUAAAGGCAGAAGAGAUAUUUUAUAUUAUGGAAUUUUAUCUUAAAAAUGAGCAUUUCUCUGACAACAAGAAAAACAUUUUAAAAUGGUCAAUGAGACACUCACUAUUUUGACCGUUGUUUUUUGGCCAGCAAUAUGAUGACGUGUAAAAGAAAAUAUAUCUUCAUAUACUGGCUUUAUACUAAUGCUAAAUCUAAUACAGUACUUCCAAAGUCAUUGUGAACAUUGUAACACAUGAUGUUUUACAGGCCAGUGGGGAUUUCUGUGUGAAAAUGUAAAGGAUGUUGGACCUAUGCAUGUUGCAACAGUCUUCUGUUUCCUGUGGAUGUGCAAUAUUCAACACAACUGAAGCAUUGAGGUACUUGCUGUGUUUUAAGACAUGAUCAAACUGCAGAUUUGAAUCAUUCAAUCAGACUUGUGUCUAUUUUAAACUUAAAUAAAAACACUUGUAAGAGG